GUUUUUCCUCAUCUGUCCCAUUAACAACAUUAGUGGUUGCAGAUCACUGCCACUCCCUUUUCUCUUCCCCAAGAAGCCGCCAUGGCCAUGGAUAGCGGCGCCAGCGAGCAGUCGCACAGGGCUCACCGUUCUCGCCAAUCGGGCGCCUCUGCAAAAAAGAAAGCUAAAGACAAAAACAAGAAUCAAAACUCGGAUCAGAAGCAGCAAAACCCUAAGGCGUUUGCCUUUCGUUCCAAUGCAAAAGCGAAGCGAUUGCAAUCACGUGCUGUUGAGAAAGAACAGCGUAGGCUUCAUCUUCCUGUUAUGGAUCGUUCCUAUAGCGAACUGCCUCCAUUUGUGGUCGUGGUGCAGGGCCCCCCUCAGGUUGGGAAGUCUCUUUUAAUUAAGACUCUUGUAAAGCAUUACACAAAGCAUAAUUUACCUGAGGUUCGAGGACCAAUAACAAUAGUAUCAGGCAAGCAGCGGCGUCUGCAGUUUGUUGAGUGUCCAAAUGAUAUCAAUGGCAUGAUUGAUGCUGCAAAGUUUGCUGAUCUAGCAUUGCUUCUUAUUGACGGAAGUUUUGGCUUUGAAAUGGAAACAUUUGAAUUCCUUAACAUAUUGCAAGUUCAUGGUUUUCCGAAGGUGAUGGGGGUUCUUACUCACCUUGAUAAGUUUAAGGACGUAAAGAAACUGAAAAAAACGAAACAGCGUCUCAAACAUCGUUUCUGGACAGAAAUAUAUGAUGGAGCUAAAUUAUUUUAUUUAUCUGGUCUCAUUCAUGGGAAGUAUCCAAAGCGAGAAAUUCACAAUCUUGCCAGAUUUAUAUCUGUUAUGAAGUUCCCUCCUUUAUCAUGGAGGACCUCUCAUCCGUAUAUCUUGGUUGAUCGCUUUGAAGAUGUUACUCAUCCCGAGAGGGUGCAAAUAAAUAAUAAAUGCGAUAGAAAUGUUACACUUUAUGGUUAUUUGCGAGGCUGUAAUUUGAAAAAGGGAACUAAGAUGCAUAUUGCUGGUGUUGGCGACUUUAGCUUAGCUGGUGUUACAGGCCUAUCUGAUCCUUGCCCUCUACCAUCAGCUGCAAAAAAGAAGGGACUGCGUGACAAAGAGAAACUUUUUUAUGCCCCCAUGUCUGGACUUGGGGAUCUCUUGUAUGACAAAGACGCGGUCUACAUAAACAUUAAUGACCACUUUGUUCAGUAUUCUAAAGUGGAUGAAAUGGGGGGAACAACACAUAAAGGAAAUAAAUGGGAUGUUGGUGAGGCCUUGGUGAAAUCACUUCAGAAUAUAAAGAACCCAAUUGAUGAGAAGUUGGAAAAGAGUACAAUUUCCCUUUUUAGUCAGAAUCUUAAUAACUUGUUGGAAGCUGAAGGUCACAAAACGGAUUCUGAUGAAGCUGCAAAGCUAAUUCGUGACAUAGAGCCUUUCGAACGAUACCAGUCUGAUGGAGAAGAAGAUGAUAGUGAGUUUGAUGAAGAAAGUGCUGAUAGUGAUCUGGAUGAUUCAAAGUCUUCAGACCAAGAUGAAGGUGUUGAAGAAGAUGCAAUGCAGAAAAGUGAAGGUAGGAAUUUUGAUGAUGGAAAUGCUGAUGCAUCAGAGCGAUUGGGUCGAGUUAAGGAACAGGUUGAAUUUCAUAGUGGUAGAAAAAGGAGAAAAGCAAUCUUUGGAGAUGGCAUUGAUCAUAGUAAUCUCAAGGGUACAGAUGAAGAGAAUGAAGAUGACAAAUAUGAUGAUCACGACGAAGAGGACGAUGGCGGAAGCAAUGAAGAUGCCGAGUCAUGUUCGGGUUCAGAGUUUUCAGAUAGUUACAAUGAGGAUCUGAAGUCUGCGGAAGGUGGCAUGGGAAACAUAUCAAAGUGGAGAGCAUCAUUGGUGGAAAGGGCAUCUAAGAAACAGAAUAUAAAUCUAAUGCAACUUGUAUAUGGGAAAUCUGCAUCGACAUCAAAUGCUUCUGUUAACGAAGUGCAGGAUGAUUCUGAGAAUGAAGAAAGUGACGAAGAUGAAUUUUUUAAGCCAAAAGGACAAAAGGAAAAGAAUUUGAAAGAAGGAUUAGAUGGUGGGAACAUCAACACUGAGGACUGUUCCAAAUCCACUAAUUUUUCAGAACUUAAGAACUGGAAAGAGGAAGAAGUAUAUGAGAGUGUUCGUGAUCGUUUCACCACUGGUGAUUGGUCUAAGGGUGCCCUCAGGAAUCGAAUGUCAGAAGCUAGAACUGAAGAAGAAGAUGAUAAGGAUGGUGACUUUGAAGAUCUAGAAACUGGUGAGAAAUUCGGAAGUCAUAAGGAAGAUGAUUCUAGUGAUGGUGAAAUCCUAAAGGAAGAUGAUCAUGCAAUUGAGGAGCGGAGGUUAAAAAAGCUAGCUCUCCGUGCAAAAUUUGAUUCUCAUUAUGAUGGAUCUGAAGCACCAGAAGAGGAAACUGAUAAACAACAUGGGGGAAAUUUUCACCGCAAUCAAGAAAAUGACAGUGGUUAUUAUGACAAGUUGAAAGAAGAGAUUGAACUCCAGAAGCAAAUUAAUAUAGCAGAACUCGAGGAUCUUGAUGAGACUACCCGAUUAGAAAUUGAGGGAUUCCGCACAGGGAUGUAUCUAAGAUUGGAGUUUCAUGAUGUUCCUUUUGAGAUGGUAGAGUAUUUUGAUCCCAGCCAUCCCAUUUUGGUUGGAGGAAUUGGUCUUGGUGAGGAAAAUGUUGGAUACAUGCAGACUAGAUUGAAACGACACAGAUGGCACAAGAAAGUGCUGAAGACUAGAGAUCCAAUAAUUGUUUCAAUUGGAUGGAGACGGUACCAGACCACUCCUGUUUAUGCCAUUGAGGAUCAUAAUGGAAGACAUCGGAUGCUCAAGUAUACUCCAGAACAUAUGCACUGCCUUGCAAUGUUUUGGGGCCCUCUUGCCCCGCCAAAGACUGGAGUGCUGGCUGUUCAGAGUUUAUCUAACAAUCAGGCAGGAUUUCGCAUCAUUGCAACGGCGUACAUACUUGAGUUCAACCAUGCAGCCCGGAUAGUGAAAAAAAUCAAGCUAGUUGGGCACCCCUGUAUAUUCAAGAAAACAGCUCUCAUUAAAGAUAUGUUCACUUCAGAUCUUGAAGUAGCUCGGUUUGAAGGUGCAGCAAUUCGAACAGUCAGUGGGAUACGUGGGCAGGUGAAAAAGGCAGCAAAGGAAGAGAUUGGUAAUCGACAAAAGAAGGGAGGGCAACCUAGGGAAGGAAUUGCAAGGUGCACCUUUGAGGAUCGGAUUUUGAUGAGUGACAUCGUGUUUUUGCGAGCAUGGACUCAAGUUGAAGUUCCUCAGUUUUAUAACCCUUUAACUACCUCGUUGCAACCUCGUGAAAAGACCUGGCAAGGAAUGAAAACUGUUGCAGAAUUGAGGAGAGAACACAAUCUUGCUGUCCCUGUUAACAAGGAUUCCCUCUACAAGCCAAUUGAGAGAAAGCCAAGGAAGUUCAAUCCCCUGGUGAUCCCCAAGGCAUUACAGGCAGAUCUUCCGUUUGAAUCAAAGCCCAAGAACAUACCUCAUCGGAAACGGCCACUUCUUGAAGAUAGAAGAGCUGUUGUGAUGGAGCCUCACGAACGAAAAGUCCACGCUCUUGUUCAACACCUUCAAUUGAUUAGGAAUGACAAGAUGAAGAAGCGGAAGCUGAAGGAGGAGCAAAAACGAAAAGAAGUCGAAGCUCAAAGAGCAAAGGAGGAGCAGGUUUUAAGAAAGCGCCGGAGAGAAGAACGGCAAGAGAGAUACCGGGAGCAGGACAAACUAAAGAAAAAGAUGCGCAGGCAUGUCGAAGGCUGACGAUAUACAUUUUUGCAUGUAUAUUGGAUAUAACAUUUGGUGAAGGAGGUCGAUUUUAUCUGCUCCAUCGGUCUAAAUUUGAUCUUUAAUUCAGGUGUGUUGUAUGUCUUUUGCUGUUAUGCCUUGGGGGCAAGUUGGGCACAGCAGCGCAUGUGAGACUUUGUUUGUAAGUUAGCAUUGCGCAACAAAUUUUGUCAAAAACUUGGAUAUUUGUUUUCAAUUUCAGCUUCAAAAUGUUUU